AGGCGAGUUCGCAGUGCGUGGGAAAGUUGCCGGUAGUAAAUGUGCCACGUCUGCUAGGAAGGGGGAGUCAUGAACUUGCCAGAGACCGUUGUGCUCAAGCCUUCAAGUGCAUUCUUAACUCUAUGAGGUCGGGGACCCUUUCUCUGUUUUAGUAGGAACUUCUUUCCUGCUCCAGCAAGAUGAGGCUUUUCUUGUGGAACGCGGCCCUGACGCUGUUGAUCCCUUGUUUGAGUGGGGCUCUUAUCCCUGAACCCGAGGUGAAGAUUGAAGUUCUCCAGAAGCCGUUCAUCUGCCAUCGCAAGACCAAGGGGGGCGAUUUGAUGUUAGUCCACUAUGAAGGCUACUUAGAAAAGGACGGCUCCUUAUUUCACUCCACUCACAAACAUAACAAUGGUCAGCCCAUUUGGUUUACCCUGGGCAUCCUGGAGGCUCUCAAAGGUUGGGACCAGGGUUUGCAGGGAAUGUGUGUAGGAGAGAAGAGAAAGCUCAUCAUUCCUCCUGCCCUGGGCUAUGGAAAAGAAGGAAAAGGUAAAAUUCCCCCAGAGAGUACGCUGAUAUUCAAUAUCGAUCUCCUGGAGAUUCGAAAUGGACCAAGAUCCCAUGAAUCCUUCCAAGAAAUGGAUCUUAAUGAUGACUGGAAGCUCUCUAAAGAUGAGGUCAAAGUGUAUUUAAAGAAGGAGUUUGAAAAGCAUGGUGCAGUGGUGAAUGAAAGUCAUCAUGAUGUUUUGGUGGAGGAUAUUUUUGAUAAAGAAGAUGAAGACAAAGAUGGAUUUAUAUCUGCCAGAGAAUUUACAUAUAAACAUGAUGAGUUAUAGAGAUACGUCUGCCUGCUUUAUAUAGCAUCCAUCCUUAAAGAGAGGCAACCAUCUUUAAAGAAAGUCUUAUUUUUUAACAGUGUUCUGUUCUUGCUUUGUUUUUUAUUUUUAUAUAUUUUUCUGAACAUUAUUUGAAGAACCCCUAGGGCGUCUAAGUAUCCGUUUCUUUCUGGUGAGUUAUUGGGAAGAAAAAAUUAAUUUGUCUUUGAAUAGAAGACUUUCGGACCAUUUUCCACUUUCACAUAUGAAGCCUUGUGUUUUACCUGCUUAUUUGUAAUUUUAAAUAUGGCAACGGGGAGCAUGCCAUAACAUGAGACCAGGUUAUAGCACAAAUCAGCACCCUCUAUUUCUGCUUCCCUCUAUUUUCUCUAAGUUAGAUACUGACAUUUGAAAAGCCUCUUGCAAUAGCUGGAGGCUUACUAUUUUCAUGUUAUAAUGAAACAGUAUGUCUGUAACUACCUUUGAGACUCUGCUUGAGGAAAAGAGGAAAAUGGUUGUUGGACUCUACUUGUUAACAGUUACUGCUUUACUGAGGAGAUGUGCAAUGCUGAAGUGAGUAACAGAGUUAAUAACUUAUAAAUAUGUAUACAUCGAAACAUUCUGCCUAGGACUUAAGCUACAUAAGGUUUGGUUCCUAGUAGCUAAUGACCUGUCAUGGUAAAUAGGACAAUUUAUUUAUAUGUUUGUUUGUUCAUAAUAAAAUGUGUCAAAAUAUUG